ACUCAGCCUGAGUGCGCUCUCACUGCUGCUGCUCUCCAUCCAUCCCUCUUAUCUUUUAUUCUCUUUCUCUGUCCACCAAUCCCAUCAUCUGUGUUCUACCUCCUCUCGUUGCUCACCGUUUCCUCUCUUCAUCUCUUCCUGAGGUUCUUUUUUUGUUUUUUCCUCUCUCCUCUUUCUCGGACCACCACUUUUCUUCUCACCGGCCGUACUCCUGAGCCCGAGCGUGCGGCACCUGUGCAGACUGGAGUUUGUUGGGCCGAGGCAGAAGGUUUUUCUUUUUUUUUCUUCUUCUCUUUUUUUAUUUUUAUUUUAAGUGUGCAGGUUGAACACAGGAGGGAGGGGAAGCAGCACCCGGGACCACCUGACCAAUAUUUAUUGAGAAUAUGAGGAGAUUUAGGAACUGAUCUCCUGCUUCAGCUUUUCCCCAGCUGUUUAUCUGUUGUUGCUUUUGAAUUUUUUUUAAAAUUGCAACAUCUGGAAUGCUUAACAAGGACUGAUGGAUGUUUCCGAACUGUGUAUCCCUGACCCUCUCUGCUACCACAACCAGUUAUUAACCAGAAUGCCCUCCGAGGACCGGCACCUAUCCUCGAGCUGUGGUUCUUAUGUCAAAACUGAGCCUUCCAGUCCUUCCUCCUCGCUCAUAGACACUGGCAGUCACCACAGCCCCAGUGGCAACUCUGACGCCAGCGGCGGCUACGUUAACGUUGGCAGCGGACGGUCACACACCCUGGACUCCCCCCCAAUGUUCAACCCAGGCAUGCUGGGAGUCGGCAGCGCCUGCUUACGCCGCUACGAGGAGUGCUCCGGCGGCAUGGCCGAUGACUCGCCAAUCAAGUGCGAGUACAUGCUCAAUGGAAUUCCCAAGAGGCUGUGCCUGGUGUGUGGCGACACUGCCUCGGGGUACCACUACGGAGUGGCCUCCUGUGAGGCCUGCAAAGCCUUUUUCAAAAGAACGAUACAAGGGAAUAUCGAGUACAGCUGUCCGGCUACCAAUGAGUGUGAGAUCACCAAAAGGAGACGAAAGUCUUGCCAGGCCUGCCGCUUUAUGAAAUGUCUUAAAGUUGGCAUGCUAAAAGAGGGUGUGCGUCUGGAUCGAGUGAGAGGGGGGCGUCAGAAGUACAAGCGGCGGUUGGAUGCCGAAAACGGCGCCUACCUCGGCCUCACCCUCCCCCCUCCAGCCAAAAAACCACUGACAAAGAUCGUCUCUCAUUUGCUGGUGGUGGAGCCAGAGAAGAUCUAUGCCAUGCCUGACCCCACCAUGCCGGACGGAGACAUCAAGGCUCUGACAACGCUUUGUGACUUGGCUGACCGCGAGCUGGUGGUCAUCAUUGGCUGGGCCAAACAUAUCCCAGGCUUUUCCACACUCUCGCUGGCAGACCAGAUGAGUCUAUUGCAGAGUGCCUGGAUGGAGAUCCUGGUGCUGAGCAUUGUGUUUCGCUCACUGCCCUGUGAGGAUGAGAUAAUGUAUGCGGAGGACUACGUGGUAGAUGAGGAGCAGGCGAGGAUCUCAGGCCUGCUGGACCUUCAUGUUGCCAUCUUGCCAUUGGUCCGACGCUACAAGAAGCUGCGUAUGGAGAAGGAGGAGUUUGUUACGCUCAAAGCCAUUGCACUCUCUAACUCAGACUCCAUGCACAUAGAGAAUAUCGAGGCUGUCCAAAGGCUCCAGGAUUCUCUUCAUGAGGCCCUGCAGGAUUUUGAGGGUUCCCAGCACCCAGAGGACCCCCGGCGGGCAGGCAAGCUGCUCAUGACACUGCCUCUGCUCCGUCAGACUGCCACCAAGGCCGUUCAGCACUUCUACAGCAUCAAAAUGCAGGGCAAAGUCCCCAUGCACAAACUAUUCCUCGAGAUGCUGGAAGCCAAGGCUUGACACCCGGGCCGGGUGUUUGACGUGCAGCUGCAUCACCCAAUCCGAGGCGAGGGACAGCCCAUUAAAAAAUAAAUCAAUAAAUAAAGGUGGUGCCAACUGACAAUGGAAGGAUGAAGCUUGGAGUCAUUUUAACACUUUUAAACAAAACUAAACUUAAAGGUAACUAAAGGGACUUGAAAUAGUUUUAAAAGGUGGGCAAUUAUCAGACUGAUUGAC